AUGGUAGCGGUACAUUCUAUGAUCAUUCCAGUUCUCAUUAGUGGACUAGUGAGUUUCGGAGCUGCUCAAACCUCGUCGCUGUCAUCGUCGUGGUGCAGAAAUAAUGAGGCCGAGGUUAUCUAUGAUCGUGCUACAAUGGGACCUGAUUUCCUUCCUAAAGAUGGUGUGGAUAUGAUCGACUAUGACUUCGAUGGUGCUCGUAACUGGUAUAUAUCCGGCAAAGAUCUGGGCACCAGGAGAUAUGAGUUGUGGAGGGUUACUGCUGAUGGUUCGGUUCGUACUGAUAUCAUUCACGACAAGGUUGACUGUAUCGCUGUUAAAGCCGACGGGUCUGGGAUAUUUGCGGUUGUUAAUGACAAGAUUGGUAUUUAUAACACAAAUGGUGAUGGUAUUAAGGAAGUGGUCGAUAAUGGCUCUCAUCGAACUUGGAGUGGCCUGUAUUAUGAUGAUGUAGAGAAGGUCUUGUACGCUAGUGACUCUGCGAAUAAUAUGAUCUACAUGUUCGUGAGGAAGAGCUGGGGUUGGGAUAGUACUGUGAUUAUAAAGGGAAAGGGUCAAGGCUCGAAGAAGCUUGAUCAGCCUGCUGGUAUUAGGAAGUUUGGCAAUACUCUGUACAUUGUCCAAUCUGGUGGCCGAUCCAAUGUCGUAGUGUGUUGGAAUAUUGGAUCGAAUACGAGAAACUUCGAGUACGAUUUCAAGCCAACUGGUGAAUUUGGUAUCGAAGUUUUGGACGGGUAUAUCUUCUAUAGAGAUGGUAGUGAUUCGGUCUACAGAAGAAAUGUGAAGUCACCGAAUGGACGUUCUGACAUUGUUGUUGGCGGUUGUGGCGCUGGUUCCCGUAUGAAUCAGAUUACAAACGCCGGCACUGGUGCUCUGAGGGGUUUCUCAUGUGAUCUUAUCGUAUGGGAUUACACUGAAGGAAUCGUCACCUAUACUAUCUAUGUUGAUGUGCGUUACGGUCUGCUUACCGUGCUGACUCAACAUGCUGAGUGUGAUGACGAUUCUAUGCAGCUCAGUGUUAAUGUUAACUUCCUGAUUAUAAAACCUUUCAAACAUGAUACUUUUUAG